AUGCCUAAGUUCACCAAUCCCGCCCUGAUGCAUACCAAAGCCGGCGCUCUCAAGUCUCCUCCCUACCUUCAAAGUCAAAAGAAGGCCGACUGUAUCAAAAGCUACUGCCUGGCUGAUAUCAUAACCAAACAGUUUACACCAUUCCUUGCCAGACAAGCUGCCCGUCAAGAUGCCAGUCAAUCUGCUGUACCCAAAAAAGUACAGAGUGAUCGGGAAUUGGAAAGGGAUAUCAACAAGUGGAUGUAUCUCUCUGAGGGUAUGAAGGCUACUUGUGAGGAGGCCAAAGCCAACGGGGCCAGGUCUUUUAAGAUUUUCAAGGGCAAGAUUGGGAGUGUCAUUGAGGUAUUCUUUGACGUUGAUAUCUCUCAACCUUUGAAUAAAGUUGGCACUCUUGUUAACAAAAGUUUAGAGGAGAUCAAUAAGGUUGCUCUUACUUAUGAGCAAGUUGAAGUUCCUGCAGUUCCCAGUGCGUUUUAUCUUGCCCUUGAUAAAAAUUACACCCGAAUGUUUGUCUACUUCAGCAAGGGUUUUGAGAUGGUCUAUGGAGUUGAAAUUGGGAACUGGGUUCUGAAGUCUACAACUUACAACAUUGAGGAAUAUGCUGAACUCCAACCACCUGAUAUUCCCGGUGUUAAAGAUAUUAGGCAUGCUGAGUACAAGAAUUGA